AUGCUGAAGAAGGUGCCGGCGCAGUUUGUCAAUGGGAUAUAUGAGGAUGGUGGCCAUGAGCAGUCGUCAUCGUCCUCCUCUUCCACCUCCUCGUCGAGGGUCAAUUUUACAGAAGCAACCCAAUCCGAAACCCCUACUCUCCCCAAAACCCUCACCGACGAGUUUAAGCUCCUCCUCUCCCAUCUCAUCCACAUCCACCACCUCUACCCACCCGGCGACCAGAUCCCCUUCCAAGAAGUCUACCUCAUCAGCCAACACGGGCCCAAACUGCACCUUCUAUGGGGAAUCUUCCCGAGCCACAAGACGUCUCGGUUGUGGAGUGGGCGGUACAACCAAGCCAGCCCAGCCAGCUCGACAGGUGCAGGGACAGCGAGCCCAACCCACCACUUCGCAGCCACCAACACCCCAGAAAGCCGUUACUACGCCGGGCCGAAGAUGGAGCGCGUGAGGCAGGAGCGGAUGGCGCUGUGCUGUGCUGCGGGGGAUGAGGAGGAGUCUGAUGCGAGGACUUUCCGCGUGCGGGGGAGUAGGGAGUUUGAUUUGUGA